AUUAAUUAAAAAAACAAUGGCUAAGACAUCUACUAAGUCCGCUAAGGCUACCAAGGUCUCCAAGAAGGAAUCUAAGAAGGUUGCUAAGAAGCAAGAAUCUUCUUCUGAAUCUUCUUCCGACUCCUCUUCUUCCGACUCUUCUUCUUCAGACUCUUCUUCUGAAUCUGAAACUGAAGAAGAAGUUAAGAAGGAAGCUUCCUCUUCUUCCUCCUCCUCUUCUUCCGACUCCGACUCCGACUCUGACUCCUCCUCUUCCUCCGACUCCGACUCUUCUGACGAAGAAGAAGAAGUUAAGGAAGCUCCAAAGAAGGAAUCCAAGAAGGUUGAAGCCAAGAAGGAAGAAUCCUCUUCCUCUUCUUCUUCUGAUUCUGACUCUUCUUCCGACUCCGACUCCGGUUCUGAAUCUGACGAUGAAUCUUCUGAAGAUGAAAAGGAUGCCAAGAAGAAGAAGGAAGAAUCUUCCUCCGACUCUUCUGACUCUUCUGACUCUUCUGACUCUUCUGACUCUGACUCUUCCGACUCUGAUUCUGACUCUGAAGAAUCUGAAUCUGACUCUAAGAAGAGAAAGGUUGAAGAAGAACAAGUUGAAGAACCAGUUGUCAAGAAGGCUAAGGUUGAAGAAGAACCAGCCACUUUGUUCGUUGGUAGAUUAUCCUGGAACAUUGAUGACGAAUGGUUGAAGAGUGAAUUCGAAUCCAUUGGUGGUGUCAUCAGUGCCAGAGUUAUCAUGGAAAGAGCCACUGGUAAGUCCAGAGGUUACGGUUACGUUGACUUUGACAGCAAGUCUAAGGCUGAAGAAGCUUUGGAAAAGAUGCAAGGUAAGGAAAUUGAUGGUAGACCAAUUAACUUGGACAUGUCCACCGGUAAGCCACACGCUUCUAACCCAAGAACCGACAGAGCCAAGCAAUUCGGCGAUGUUCCAUCCCAACCAUCUGACACUUUGUUCAUUGGUAACUUGUCUUUCAACACUGAAAGAGACAACUUGUUCACUAUCUUUGGUGAAUACGGUAACGUUAUUUCUUGCAGAAUCCCAACUCACCCAGACACUCAACAACCAAAGGGUUUCGGUUACGUUCAAUUCUCUUCUCUUGAAGAAUCCAAGGCUGCUUUCGAAGCUUUGAACGGUGAAUACAUUGACGGUCGUGCUUGUAGAUUAGAUUACUCCACUCCAAAGGAACCAUCUGCUGGUGGUUUCGGUGGUAACAGAGGUGGCUUCGGUGGUGACAGAGGCGGAAGAGGUGGCUUCAGAGGUGGCAGAGGCGGCUUCGGUGGUGACAGAGGUGGAAGAGGUGGUUUCGGUGGUCGUGAAAGACCAGCUUUCAACGGUCCACCAAGAACCGGUGCUAACAGCGCUGAGUUCAAGGGUACCAAGAAGACUUUCGAUUAAAUGAAAAGACGAGAACAAAUUGGAAACAAUUUGUUACAAUAAAAAAGAUAUUGAAUUUUAUAGAGACCGGUUGCAUAACAACUCCACUCACUGUACCAUAAUUAGAGAAUUUGAGGGUCUGUUUAGUUUAUCCUUAGCAAUGCAUAUACUUUGAA